AUGAAUUCAAGAAGCCAAUACAAAUUGGAGGAGCCGAAUGGAAGAUUUCCACUCACAUAUUUCCCCUCUCUCUCUCUCUCUCUCUCUCUCUCUCUCUCUCUCUUCUUUGUUUUAAUCUCUCUAACAAUUGCAUGUUUUCUUCUGUUUCUCAUUGUCGUUCUCUCGCUUCCAGUAUCGUCUUCACCUCCUUUCUUCAUGUUCUUUCACUCUUUCUCAAUCACUCUCUUUAACUGCCUCUUCGACAGUUCAUAUCUAUCUAUCUAUCUAUGUAUCUAUCUAUCUAUCUAUCUCACUAUUCUUAUCAAUAUAUCUAUCUCAUCUAUAUCUAUCUAUAGUCUAUUCACAUCUAUCUAUCUAUCUAUUAAAUCUGUUCAUAUCUAUCUAUCUAUCUAUCUAUCUAUCUAUCUAUCUAUCUGUGUUUCUUUCUUCUGUGUUCAUUCAUUUGUCUUUCUUUCGCCAUUCCUAUCUAUAUGUCCCAUUAUUUUCUUUCUUUCUCUCUUUCUUUCUUUCUUUCUUUCUUCGUCUGUUCAUAUCUAUCUAUCUAUCUCAGUCUGUUCAUAUCUAUCUAUCUAUCUAUCUAUCUAUCUAUCUAUCUAUCUAUCUAUCUAUCUAUCUCCGUCUGUUCAUAUCUAUCUAUCUAUCUAUCUAUCUAUCUAUCUAUCUAUCUAUCUAUCUAUCUAUCUAUCUCCGUCUGUUCAUAUCUAUCUAUCUAUCUAUCUAUCUAUCUAUCUAUCUAUUACAUCUGUUGACAUCAAUCUAUCUAUCUAUCUAUCUAUCUAUCUAUCUAUCUAUCUAUCUAUCUCCGUCUGUUCAUAUCUAUCUCUAUCUAUCUAUCUAUCUAUCUAUCUAUCUCUAUCUAUCUAUUACAGUCUUCUCAUAUCUAUCGAUCUUAUCUAUCUCAGUCUGUUCAUAUCUAUCUAUUUAUCUCAGUCUGUUGACAUCUAUCUAUCUAUCUAUCUAUCUAUCUAUCUAUCUAUCUAUCUAUCUAUCUAUCUCCGUCUGUUCAUAUCUAUCUAUCUAUCUAUCUAUCUAUCUAUUACAUCUAUCUCAGUCUGUUCAUAUCUAUCUAUUUAUCUCAGUCUGUUGACAUCUAUCUAUCUAUCUAUCUAUCUAUCUUAG